AUGACGACUCCAAAAACAUUGAGAGAAGAUUCUCCAACUGACAGCCAUCCAAUCUCGAUUUGGAACUACCAAGAUUCGACCCCUGCGGACACUGACGCGAUAAACUUCACAACAGGUUUUCCUGAUUUCUCCCCGCCAAAACAUGUUUCGUCUGCCUUUAAGUCCCUCGUCAACAAUGAGAACAAUAACUCCCUCAUACACCAGUACACAAAACAGACGGGCCAUCCAAGGUUGGCAAACAUUGUAGCGAAGUUGUACGGGACCGAGUUGAAGAGGGAUUUGAACCCGGAGAGGAACGUUUUGGUCACAGCAGGGGCGGUCCAUGGUCUCUUUUGCUGCAUUUUUUCCCUCGUCAGACCGGGAGAUGAGGUGAUAAUAUUCCAGCCAGCAUUCAAAGGCUUCAGUUACAUAGUGAAUUCAUGUGGUGGAGUGCCUGUGUACGUCAAACUAAACAUUGUUGAAGAUGACAAAUGCAAAAACGACACGCCAGUCACAACAUCUGACGCUAACCAGAAACUUAACGACCGUGACCUUCAUACAACACGUUUUGAGUUUGAUGAAGAAGAAUUGAAAUCCAAAUUUUCCGCAAAAACUAAACUGAUCAUCGUAAACACUCCUCAUAAUCCGCUGGCUAAGGUAUUCACCACUGAUGAAUUGUCGAAGAUUUCCCAGCUAUGCACCAAGCAUGAUGUCCUCUGUAUCUCAGAUGAAGUCUACGAGCGAAUGGUGCAGGAACCGCUGAAGCACGUCUCGAUUGCCUCCCUACCAGGUAUGUGGGAACGCACGUUGAAAAUUUGCAGUGCUGGGAAGUUACUUUCCGUUACGGGAUGGAAAUUGGGAUGGUGCAUCGGUCCGGAUGAUCUGAUCCGGAAGGCUGUCACCAUGCACAUCGCUUCCGUACACAGGAUUGCUACUCCCCUUCAGGAAGCAGUGGCGAUAGCUUUGGAGGGUGAGUACACUGGCAGAGAAGAUCCAAACAGUUAUUUCAAUAGCCUUCCCCGAGAAAUUUCAACCAAAGUGGAUCAAGUGUGUGAGAUCUUUCUCAAAUUAGGAUUGAAACCUCUCAAACCUGAAGGAAGCUAUUACGUCGUUGUCAAUGUUUCAAACUUCGAUUUUCCAGUCAAAGACAGCAGCCAAACUAAAGAUUUUCAAUUCGCUAACUGGCUGCUCAACGAAAUGAAAAUAGCAGUUUUGCCGGUGACUAUGUUUUACGAUAUCGAAGACAGGAAUGAAAUCAAUGAAAGUCUUGUAAGAAUUUGCUGUUUCAAGCGCUAUGAAACGAUAGACCGGGCAAGAAGAAUCAUUGAAGAUUGGAGCGAUACCAAAUAGAUUUAUAUAUCUAUUUCUUCCGAUUUUUUACCAAAUUAAAACAAACAAAUAUUUUAUCGAUAGAUUAAAAAACCUCUUUAAAUCAAUUUAUUUAUAAAUUAAAUCAUUUUUAUUUUAGUUUUUAUUUGAGAUAUGUUAGUUUAAGAAUUUAAAGUAGCUUUAAAUACAGUUCAAGAGAA